CAGGUGAGCAGUGGUGUGUGAGAGCCAGCCCCGUCUCACUGCCUGCCCACUCAAGUGGCAAUUCCCUGAAGUUGCCUGUCCCCUCUGGAGCCUCAGCAGAUUCUUCUUUCAGAACUCACUACCAAGAGCCCUGAACAGGAGCCACCAUGCAGUGCUUCAGCUUCAUUAAAACCAUGAUGACCCUCUUCAAUUUCCUCAUCUUUCUGUGUGGCGUUGCUCUAUUGGCAGUGGGCAUCUGGGUGUCCGUCGAUGGGUCAUCCUUCCUGAAGAUCUUCGGGCCGCUGUCAUCCAGUGCCAUGCAGUUUGUCAACGUGGGCUACUUCCUCAUCGCAGCUGGUGCUGUGCUCUUUGCUCUUGGUUUCCUGGGCUGCUACGGUGCUCAGACUGAGAACAAGUGUGCCCUCAUGAUGUUCUUCUUGAUCCUCCUCAUCAUCUUCAUCGCUGAGGUUGCAGCUGCUGUAGUUGCCUUGGUGUAUACCACCAUGGCUGAGCACUUCCUGACGUUGCUGGUAGUGCCUACCAUCAAGAAAGACUAUGGUUCUCAGAAGGACUUCACCCAAGUGUGGAACACCACCAUGGAAGGGCUCAAGUGCUGUGGCUUUAACAACUACACGGAUUUUGAGGGCUCUCCCUACUUCAUGAAGAACCAUACCUUUCCCCCAUACUGUUGCCUUGACGAUGGCAAUGGCACAGCCACAGAACCCUGCACCAAGGAGAAGGCUGAUGACAACAUUGUACAGGGCUGCUUCAGUCAGCUUCUGUAUGACAUCCGAACCAACGCAGUCACUGUGGGUGCUGUGGCAGCUGGAAUUGGGGGUUUGGAGCUGGCAGCCAUGAUCGUGUCCAUGUAUCUGUACUGCAAUUUGAAGUAAGUCUGCUUCUGCCUCCGCCACUGCUGCUGCCACAUAAGAACUGGGAAGAGGCAUCCUGGCACUGUCAAGCGGCAGUGUUUGGGCUGAGGACAGGAUCUAACAGUUUCAUUUGGGCCAGAGUGGGCCCAGCCUUGCUGCUCUGGACUUGGGGCCAAAUAGGGGACCACCCCCUUCCGGCUGUGCCUGAGUUUUCCUUCCAAUGGUGGGGUUGGGGUCAGAACCUCUAAGGCAGUCAGUUCUCCUGCCCAUACUUCCAGUCUGUCCCUUAAACCCUUGACACCCUUUCAAGCCAAUGGGGCUCUCAGUGAUCCCAGCAGCCCCGCUGCGGGAUGAGAGAAAGGCACCCUAAAACAUGGACACAUGCAAAAUCAGCAGUCAUGAGGCGGAUGUGUAGAAGGCUCUUCAGAACUCAUAACCCAAUUAAAAUGUCUCCAUUUGGAACUCUUUUCGCGUAUCCUUGGAGAGGCAGGCCCAUCUUGCCUCACUUGGCCUCAGAUUCCUAUGGGGCUGGUGACUCAGAAGGCCCCUGGAAAGGUCACAAGGGUGGAGGUAGAUGCCUAUUUUCCCCCUUCAUUUGGAUUCCAGGCCUGGGAGGGAGCCUAACAGGGAUGAUCAAGAGGGCACUCCGGGAGGAACUGGGGGCUGGGCCAGUCUGCCUUCCCAUAAUGUGGGAGGACUUUGACCUGAAACUACCCCCUCCUGGGUGGGGGCAGUGGACUGGAAAGCUAUGAAAAUAACAAGCCUGUGCCCAGGUGGGGGUGGAGAGACAAGAAAUACUGCCAAGGCAAUGGGAGGGUCACUUCUUAGGCUCUGGAAUCCCUCCAGAAGCCCCCAUCAGAGGAUCCAAGCUGCCUACCCUUCUCACUCAGGCAAAGCCCAUACCUGUCCUUGCCUUGGGGAUUUUAGAAAGAACUUUGUUUAUUUUGGUCUUGGCUUGCCUCUGGGACUCUACAGAUCUGAUCUCUUAAUCUUAACCACCCCCAAGCUCUAGAAACUGUGCCUAGAAAGGCCAAGUGACUUGUUCCACGUCCACAACCUUCCCUGAAGGGCUGAGCCUUGACUUGGGCCCAGACUGUCUGACUCCAGAGUCUGGUGGGGUCCUGGCUGAUGUGGAGUCCAAUUUACCUGAAGGCCAGAAUAUCCCAGACAUAGAUCUGAUUGCUGCUGAAACAGGACGGACAACACUAAGGAGGAAGGCUACAGCCAGCAAAACCCAGACUAGCAAACCAGUCCUCCUUACUCCCCACCUGGUUUUCCUAGGGCAGUCCAGAACUAUUACCCCUUGCUGAGCCCGCGAAGGAACAGCAACCUGGAGAGAACCACACAGUGCCUGAGAGCUAGUCCCAGGUCCAGAUCAGGAGCCUGCUGGGGGGCUGGGCAGGGAGAGCAACUAGUCCCUCUCCCCACCUUCACAACCUUACCAUCUCUCACACACCACCCUUCCCCAGGUACCUACAUGGAGGCUGCAGGGGAUUUGUUUGCCCAGGGCGGGCCUCCGCCACCUCGUGAGCUAACUGCUCCUCAACUUGACUGUUGUGGCACCUCAAGCGCUAUCUCUAGCUCCAGCAAACACUGAAGGCGUCAGGGUGGCGAGAAAUGUCGGAGCACCUGUGCCAUGGUGGAGGGAGGGGUAGAGCUGAAAAAAGGGCGGGAGUUCUAGUCAGUUCCUGCCUCCCUGGCCAAGGCUCUACAUAAGGCACUCACCAGACUUACCUUGAACAGACUCUGCAGGCUGACCCAUCUCAAGAGGUGUGGUCUACACUAGAUCCCUUAAAUGUCCUGCCACCUGCCUUAGACUUUCUUAUCCACUCCUUCUAGACAGUCCUAUCCAUUUCCUGGUGCUUCUGUGACUAAGUUAGAUCUUUCUAACUUCUUUGGAUCACUGGCUAGGUGAGAAUCUGAUGAAAAUGAUGGCUUUUCAGGCUAUCUGGGUGGCUCAGUUGGUUGAACAUCCGACUUCGGCUCAGAUUAUGAUCUCACAGUUUGUAAGUUUGAGCCCCACAUCAGGUUUGCUGCUGUCAGCUCAGAGCUGCUUCAGUUCUUUUAUUCCCCUUUCUCUACCUCUCCCUUGCUCAUGCUUUCUCAAAGAUAAACAUUAAAAAAAUAAGAAGAAACGGGGGUGCCUGGGUGGCUCAGUUGGUUUAGCAUCUGACUUCAGCUCAGGUCAUGAUUUCAUGGUUCAUGAGUUCGAGCCCCACAUUGGGCUCUGUGCUGACAGCUCAGAGCCUGGAGCCUGCUUCAGAUUCUGUGUCUCCCUCUCUCUCUGUCUCCCCCACUUAUGUUCUCUCUCUCACUCUCUCCCAAAAAUAAACAUUAAAAAUAUUUUUUUAUGAAGAAAUUGAUAGCUUUUCUCCAGAAAAAUUUAUAGAUAUGGAAUCUGCUUACAAAGUACCCAAAGGGGGGCACCUGGGUGGCUCAGUUUGUUAAGUGUCUGACUUUGGCUCAGGUCAUGAUCUUGCAGUUCAUGAAUUUGAGCCUUACAUCAGGCACUCUGCUAUCAAUGCAGAGCCUGCUUAUGAUACUCUGUCUCCCUCUCUCUCUGCCCCUCUCCCACUUGCUUGCUCUCACUCUCUCUCAAAAAUAAACAAACAUUAAAGGGUGCCUGGGUGGCUCAGUUAGUUAAAUGUCCGAUUUCAGCUCAGGUCAUGAUCUUGCGGUUUGUGGGUUCGAGCCCCGUGUUGGGCUCUGUGCUGACAGCUCAGUGCCUGGAGCCUGUUUCAGAUUCUAUGUCUCCCUCUCCCUCUGCCCCUCCCCUGCUCAUGCGCUCUCGCUCUCUCUCUCUCUC